CUGUUUCUGUAUUUCUCCCUGCUGAGGGACUUGCAGAGUUUCCGCAGCGCAGCCGUGCUGCUCCGAGACGGGCGGUGGGGCGGGAGCCGCCUCCCCACGCCGGCUGCGGGGCUGCAACAGGAGCUCCUCAAAUGCCGAACCGCUGCAGCGAGCGGAGGAUCGCCUUUAAACGGCCAGCAUUUGAGUUUUUUUGACUCCGCAGAUGAAACUUUUAGGACAAACACUGCAGCUGCAGUUGGAUCUGUAAUUGAUGGGAAGCCCCGCGUUCUCCCGGAGGGAGCCGCCAGGCUGGCGGGGCGGGACAAGAGCGCCCCCUCGCGGCUGACGGGAGCUCUGCUGGCGCCGCCCGAGCAUCGCCGCCGCCGCCCGGUCCCGCGGGCUGAAUGGCUCUAUUUCCCGGUGGAAGAUGAGGGGGCACCCAGAUUCCUGGUAGCAGUGAAGAGGAAUGGGUAUACAGUGCACCAAGGGGAAACGGAGACAUAUUUGAAAGUGAGGCAAAUUGCUUCUCUGGAGUUUUUAACAGUGCCUUUUCUUUCCAGAACCGGAGCCAUCCACAUCGGUGACCGGAUAUUAGCGAUUAAUAAUGUGAGCCUCAAGGGCAAACCACUGAGCGAAGCCAUUCACCUGCUGCAGAUGGCAGGAGAGACGGUCACUCUGAAGAUCAAGAAGCAGACAGAGAAAUCGUAUCCCAGGAAGUCGGGGAGUAUAAAUGAAGUGAGCGACCCAGAAGAUGAACUGACAGACUCCCAGAAAACUAGCAAGCUGUCUGAGAUAUACUCCACCACAAUUCCUAGUGUGGACAGUGCCAUGGAGUCCUGGGAUGGCUCUGGCAUUGAUGCCGGGUAUGGAAGCCAAGGUACGUACAUACCUCAGACUGCGGGCAUAGCCCUCCAUCCACACGAAUGGAGACACAGCAGGCAAAAGAGCAGCACCCCUCCCGGGGACCCCAGGAAAAACUACCCCUACAUGGAUGGAAGCUUCAGUGAAGACGACUGGGACAAGCCCAGCAGAUACCCCAACCGCCAAAAUGGCCUUGAGACCACUCACGAGGAUAGUUUUUGGCGUGUUUUUGGAGAAGCUUUGGAGGAUUUGGAAACAUGCGGCCAGUCUGAACUUUUGAGGGAGAUUGAGGCAUCCAUCAUGACGGGGAGCGUGCACAACCUGGGGCUGGAGGGCAGCAAGCUCCUGCUGGACUCUGUCAACCCAUCAGGACUGAGCCCAUUGAGGAAAGCAAACUCCAGCUGUGAUGAGGGACAGACCGAGGGUAGCAGCUCCCCUGCCAAGAAGAAUGAGAGGAACCUGGACAUGAAGAAGAUUGAAAAGGAGAUGCAGGAAAUCAUGUCCCCUACCCCUCUCGAGUUUCACAAGAUGACACUUCACAAAGACCCGGAGAGUGAAGACUUUGGAUUCAGUGUGUCAGAUGGCCUGUUAGAAAAAGGUGUCUAUGUAAAUAUGGUCCGUCCGGAUGGGCCAGCAGAUCAGUGUGGCCUCAAGCCAUAUGACAGAGUGCUUCAGGUAAACCGCGUCCGAACAAGAGACUUUGACUGCUGUCUGGCUGUUCCCCUGAUUUCGGAGGCUGGAGAUAAGCUGGACCUGGUGAUUAGCCGGAACCCCUUGGCACUGGCUGCCAACGCUCCCCCGGAGGGUAGCAGAGAGCUGCCGGCACAGGCGGCCCGCGGCACUGAGGUCAAGGCGAGCGUCCAGACGUUCUGA